GAGUGCCAUGACAGAGAGAGGCUCCUCGCGCAUUACCACCGAGCCAUGCGCUUUAACGAGCAUUAGUACCGGGAGAGAUGAGGGACUGAAAGGAGCUAUGGCUCGGCAGCGUUAGGGAGUGAGGGUUGAAGGAAUACAGUGGAGACAGCGGCGGCGGGUCUCCCUAUCCUCAGCGAAGCGGAUUGAUAGAUGUUCAUUCCUCAAACCUUUUCGAACAUGCUUUAUUUUCAGCUGGUGAUCAUGGCGGGGACUGUCAUGCUGGCAUACUACUUCGAGUACACGGACACAUUCAACGUGCACGUCCAAGGGUUUUUCUGCUAUGACAAUGCCUACACGAAGCCCUACCUCGGACCGGAGGAGACCAGCGUGAUACCGCCGGUUAUACUAUACGCGGUGGUGGCAGGGGUCCCGACAUUAGUGAUCACUGUGACCGAGACCGUGCUGUUUCUGGUGCAGUACACGUCCAAGGAGUUCGACCGCUCGGAGAAGACCGUGCAGACGGGAGACUGCUGCUACCUCAACCCUCUGGUCCGACGCACCUUCCGCUUCCUCGGUGUUUACACGUUCGGCUUGUUCACCGUGGACAUCUUUGUCAACGCGGGCCAGGUGGUGACGGGGAACCUGGCGCCCUACUUCCUGACGGUGUGCAAGCCCAACUACACGGCGCUGGGCUGCCAGCAGGCGCUGCGCUACAUCAGCCACCAGGAGGCGUGCACGGGGGACAAGGAGGACAUCCUGCGCGCCCGCAAGACCUUCCCCUCCAAAGAGGCGGCGCUCAGCGUGUACGCGGCGCUCUACCUGGCGAUGUACAUAACGUGUACUGUGCGAGCCAAGGGGACUCGCCUGGCCAAACCCGUCCUGUCCCUGGGUCUCAUGUGUCUGGCCUUCCUCACGGGCCUCAACAGGGUGGCCGAGUACCGGAACCACUGGUCUGAUGUCAUCGCCGGUUUCAUCAUCGGAGUGUCAAUAGCUGCCUUUCUGGUGGUGUGUGUGGUGCAUAACUUCAAAGGGAAGCUGUUGCUGAAUGAAGACCCCCCACAGGAGAGCACGGCCAACCCUGCCAUGAUGAACAUGCCUGGUAGAGUAGAAAGCCCCCUGGAGAAAUACAUCGCCUCACAGAACCACAUCGCCUUCGCUGAGGUCACAUGACCUUGAGUCGGCUGUGUGGCAGACCCAUUGGACAUCGACACUCUUCACGGUCCAGUCGCGGUAGAGAAAGUCGAAUGCUAGCUCAUCCCGUCUGUCCAUCUGUCUCGUCCGCGUUGCUCGUCCGUCCAGUUCCUGUGUCCCUCCCCACGGCUGCUGUCCUGUAGAAAACCACGUCCUGUCCACUUGGGGACAAAGGCUUGCACUUCCUGGAUUUUACAGCACUUUCUUUUCCGACCUGAUGUUAUUGAAUUUAUGUCUACAAAAAAGAAGCUUGAAAUGUUAAAUACUGAUGUUUAGCACACACCAACAGAUAUGUUGUAAAGAUUAGAAGGCAUUGGCUGGAGAAAGAGAU